AUGGGCAGGCCAGAGGAGCUCGGCAACGAAAUCCACUACACGGGAGAAGUCGCUGAAAACUACGACAGAAGCACAAGCAUCAACAGAAUCCAGCGCAAGCUAACGGAGAGAUGCCUGGAGAUACUAAACAACCCCACAAACUCGCUAGUUCUCGACAUAGGCUGCGGAAGCGGAAUCAGCACAGAGCACGUUCUCUCCCACGGAAACUUCGUCCUGGGCGUGGAUAUCAGCAGAAAUAUGCUGGACCUGGCACAGAAAAGAGUCGAUGCAGGGUUAUUCGGGGCUUCCGAUAACCCGAACUUUGAUUUUGCAUCUGCAAAUAUUUUCCACGGGCUGCCCCUCAGGAGCGCAUCCGUCGACUGCGCCAUCAGCGUAAGCGUUCUGCAGUGGAUUUUCAUACAGGAAGAGCCCGCUCGCUUGCUUGGGAUCUUCUUCUACACGCUAUACGACGCACUAAAGGCCACAGGAACUGCCGUUUUGCAGUACUACCCCGAAUCAAACGAUCAGGUUCAGAUGAUUUUAAGAAGCGCGGGAAAAUACGGGUUCCACGGAGGAACACUUUUGGAAAAUCAAACAAGCAAAAAAAAACGGAAAACGUACCUGAUUUUAGAAAUGCCUGCCGCAAAAGGAAAAACAAACCACAUUUCAGGAAGCGCCCAAAAGCCAAAGAACUACCGGCCAGUCGCAAACAGAGACCUCACCCGCAGAGAGUGGAUUCUCAGGAAAAAGGUAAAGCGAGAAGAGCGCGGAUUCUCAGUCCCAAAGACCUCAAAGUACACGGGCCGAAGAAGAUAG